AUGGUCGCAUCUAAGAAAGGGGCCCUUAGCGUCACAGCCCAACAAAGCCGGUUCUACGCACAGAAACAAGAAUCGGUUUCCACAGAGAUCGCGGUCAAAGACCUCAGCGUAACAAUUGGUAAUCAUGAAAUUCUAAGCCAUGCCCAAUUACAAUUACACCCCGGUCGACAUUACGUCUUAGUUGGCCGCAAUGGUGUAGGCAAAUCCACACUCUUGAGAGCCAUGGCAGAAGGCCUCAUUCCUGGCAUCUCUGGCACCAUACGUGUACUGCUUCUUGGUCAAGUGCAGGAAGAUGGAGACGAUGAAUCUACUACACCCUCGUCUUCCAGCGAGACUGUUCUCGAGCAUGUCCUGCGUAGCGAUAGACUGCGAGAAAGAAGACUACACGAAGCCAGCAGAUUGUCAACGGCAAUGGACAAUGUCGAUGAUCCUAUGGCUAUGCUGAGGGUGUAUCGUGAAUUGACGUGCGAGCGGUUACAGCGUGAUGUCGCCGAAGCGAGGCACAAGGCCUCGAAAACAAGUGGUGUCAGAGGAUUAGGAGCACGGAAAACGCUCACAGCAUUGGAAGAAAAGCUGGCUGAUGCUUUGUUGAGGCUUGACCAACUGAAGCACUCAUCCCAGUCUGAGCUGGAGGACAGUACGACAGUCAAAGAAGAGACCCAGAAGGCCAUGGACAUGUUGACAGAUGUACAAGCAUCUCUUUCAUCGAUGGACGCUGCGAGCGCCGAAGCAAAAGCACGCUCCAUACUGCUCGGUAUAGGUUUCUCAACCCAACGCAUCGAAAAUCCCGUAUCACAACUCUCAGGAGGCUGGAAAACACGCUGCAGUUUAGCUUGCGCACUGUGCCAAUCUACAGAUAUUCUCCUUCUAGACGAACCAACCAACUUUCUCGACCUACCAUCCAUCAUCUGGCUGGAGAAGUACAUCCAAACUCUCGACACUUCCGUCACCCUCAUCACAGUAACCCACGAUCGAGCCUUUGCAGAUGGCGUUGCAGACGAGCUUUUGGUCCUCCGAAAUCAGAGCAUAGAGACUUUCAAGGGCAACGUCUCCGGCUACGAGACAGCAAGAUUGAAAUCAUACAAAUACCUCAGCAAGAUGCAAGCCGCUCAAGACAAGCAAAAGAAACACAUUCAAGCAACGAUUGACCAGAACCUCAAGACGGCAAAGCGCUCCGGAGAUGACAAGAAACUCAAGCAAAUGUCUUCCCGACAGAAAAAGCUGAAUGAGCGGAUGGGUAUGGAGGUCUCGGCCAAGGGCACGAGGUUCAAACUCAACAGAGAUAGAGCGGGCUGGCACGACAGCCUAAGAGAUGCAAUCGAGGUACCAGACUUUGAUCCUCCACCACGCAUGUCAUUCCCCAUUCACCCUUCUGAUCUACGUUUCCCUGGCGCUUUGAUCUCGUUGGAAAAUGUCUGCUUCGACUACAAAAGCGGCGCCAAGACACAGACACCUAUCUUGCGCGAUGUCAAUCUCACAAUUCACUUGGGAGACCGAGUUGGACUAGUUGGUCUCAAUGGCUCAGGAAAGUCCACUUUGGUCUCUCUGAUGACUGCCAAGUCGACGGACAACACGAGUAGUCAUGUGCCGAAUAAGGGCAGUGUUGCAAAGCACACCAGAGCAAGAAUCGGGCUGUAUUCUCAACAAGCCGUUGAGGAGCUCCAGGAUCUCACAUCUGACAGACCUGGCUUGACUGCUUUGACGCAUCUCAUGGAGUUCGCGAACCAAAUUGUUUCUGAGCAAGAAGCCCGCGGCCUCCUUUCUUCUGUGGGUCUUGUGGGAAAGGUGACCUCAGAGGUACCCAUAAGCCUUCUUUCAGGCGGGCAGAAGGUGCGAUUGGCGCUGGCCAAAGUACUUUGGAACCCACCUCACCUGCUCAUUCUGGAUGAGGUUACUACGCACCUGGAUCCAGAUACGAUACAAGCACUUGCCCUCAGGCUUCGAAACUACCAAGGCGCCAUCUUGCUCAUUACGCACGAUCGCUUCUUCAUGCGUUGCGUGAUCGAAGGAGAGUCGCCAAGAAAGUCAAGCGGAGGAACUGAAGGCGAGUCUGAUGAAGACACGGACAGUAGCGAAGAUGGCUUACCGAACUGCGGAGUCGUGUAUCGUCUAUCCAAGACGAGAUUGAGGAAGUUAGAAGGGGGCAUGCAGCAGUACGAAGACAUGAUGGCGAAGCUGUCGUCUUGA